AUGUCUCCAAGUCUGGACGAUAAAGAACAACUUGCUGUUGCCAACGACUCUGGUGAUAGCAUGUUGUCAACAAAAGGUAGCCUAAACAGCAAUAACAACAAUAACCAUAAUAACAGCAACAACAAUAACAACAAUCAUUUGUCAUCGGGGAUGAAUGGAGGAGGCACCAAAACAACACUACAUAAUAAUAAUAAUAAUAACUAUAAUAGCAAUAACAAUGGUAUGUUUGUUGGCUACAAUGGUACGUCAGCAUCAUCCUCUUCUGUUGUGUCCGAGGCAAACGAUGCCGUCAUGGAGAAGUUCUUGAACGCACUGGUGCAGCUGCGUGAGAAUGGUGUCGCCGAGACAGACCCACAAUACAUCAAGCUACUACAUCUUGCCAAUCUGUACUACAAUCAACGUAUCACUGUCAAGAGUUCAGUGGCAGCACCAGGUUCACCUGCAUCACCACCUCAAUCACAUGCUACAACAUCUACAACUACUACAACAACUACAACAACUACAUCAUCAAACAACAAUAAUACUGAUGUAGAGAUGGUCGAUCAAUCAAGUACAUCAGCAUCGGUAGCAGCAGCAGAAGCAAUGGAUGAGCUUAGAGAAGAGCAGUAUCCCAUUUUCAAAGCACAUAUUGAGGCCUACAAGUACCUCUCGAGGAACCUUCCCAUCCCACCAGCCACCCUCAACACCAUAUCACAGCAACUCAAUCAUGAGUCCAAGGACAGCCAUCAUGAGAUCAAGUUCCAUCCCAAGGGAUCAAUCAAGCUUGAAAAUCAUAUACAUGAUCAACACAAGGGAUUGUUUGAGGCAGUGCACUCUAUCAAUGAAAGAGAGGAUCACAUCACUGCCAAGAUCCAACAACGAUUCGAGGAGCUCAAGAAGAUGCCCACCAAUCUAUCACCCGAGGUGAAGACCAAGGCAUUGAUCGAGAUGAAGCAGCUCAAAGUCCUCAUUGUACAGAAGAAAGUCAGGAACGACAUUGUCAGUGAGCUGCAAGAGGAUAUAUACGCCAGCUCAGUGGACGAGGUCGAUAUGUUUGUCAAGCCCAUACCCAGGGUCGUGUCAAAGCCCAGCGACAUCAUGUACGAAGCGUCCAACGUCCAGCACAUCCCCGAGAGUAUCUUGGCCACGCACAAGAAGAAGUUCUUGGCCGCGCUGUUCAACCAUCAGAAGGAGUUCAGGGAGUUCCACUCGCAGCGCGAGAAGAGCAUCAAGAAUGUCAACAGGCUGGUCAACAAGUAUCACAAGGAGAAGGAGAGACGCGAGCAGGAGCGUCUCAGAAAGGAGCGUAUCAGACUGCUCAAGGCGCAGGACACACAGGGAUACAAGGAGCUGCUGGACAAGACAAAGAACGAGCGUUUGAAGAUGCUCAUGAGUCAGACAGACUCACUGCUUGGCAAGAUCGACUUCCUCGUGCACAAGGAGAGGAUCGAGCAGGAGGAGCGUGCCGAGCGCGAACGCGAGCGACUGGAACGCGAGAAGGAGAAGGAGGAGGAGGAGCGCAGGGAGCGUGGAGAGAUUAUCACAGAGACUGGCAUCCCAUUGGCUACGCCACCACCACCAGCCGAGGACACAACAAUGGUGGUCGACAAGCCUGCAGAUGCGAUGGACACGACCACUACAACGACCACGACCACAACAACAGCCGACAAUGCGGCGGCAAAGACACAACAGCCAACGACGGUCAUGACCAAGAGGUCCGCUAUGUAUCAGGAGGAGAUUGUUCGCGACCAGCCAGAGAUCAUGACUGGUGGCAAGUUGAAGGAGUACCAGUUGACUGGUCUGCAGUGGAUGGUGAACCUCUUUAACAACAAACUCAACGGUAUCCUGGCCGACGAGAUGGGUCUGGGCAAGACCGUGCAGACCAUCGCCCUCAUCUCCCAUCUGUUUGAGCGCAAGGUCCUCGAGCCCUUCCUGGUCGUGGCGCCACUCUCCACAAUUUCCAAUUGGGAGUCUGAGUUCCACCGCUGGUCGCCCAAGCUCCCCGUCAUCAUCUACCGUGGCAAGCCCCUGGAGCGCAAGGCGUUGUCCAGACAGAUACCCAAGAACGGCUUUAUCGUCGUUAUCACAUCGUUCGAGUACAUCAUUACGGACAACAAGAUACUUGGCCGUGUGCCAUGGUGCUACGUCAUUGUGGACGAGGGCCAUCGUAUCAAGAACAAGAACGCCAAGCUGAGCGUCAUCCUCAGACAAUACCACAGCAAGCAUCGUCUGUUGCUCACGGGUACACCUCUACAGAACGACCUUGGAGAACUCUGGUCGCUGCUCAACUUCUUGCUGCCCAGCAUCUUCAACAGCUUGGACACGUUUGAGCAGUGGUUCAAUGCGCCUUUCGCCACGAACGGUCGUACCAAGGUGAUUGGCGUCAACGAAGAGGAGUCACUGAUCAUCAUCAAUCGUCUGCAUCAAGUGCUGCGCUACUUCCUGCUGCGUCGCCUCAAGAAGGACGUGGAGAGCCAGCUGCCCGAGAAGCGUGAGCGUCUGAUCAAGUGCAACCUGUCGGCCAUGCAGAUUGUGAUGUACCGUUCGAUCUUUGAGCACAACUCUCUGCCAAUGGACCCCGAGUCUGAGAUGUACAAGAAGUCUCGUGUCAAGAAGAGAGGCUUCAACAACGUGGUUAAGCAGCUGCAAAAGGUGUGCAACCAUCCCUACCUGUUCAUGAGCGAGUGGGAGAUCAACGAGGACAUUGUGCGUGCCAGUGGCAAGUUCGAUAUGAUGGACCAGAUCCUCACCAAGAUGCGCGCUUCAGGCCAUCGUGUGCUCAUCUUCACACAGAUGACAGAGAUUAUCAACAUCAUGUGCGAGUACUUCUCGCUGCGUGAGUGGGACUACCUGCGUCUGGACGGCUCGACGCGUCCCGAGGAGCGUUCGCGUCUCGUCGUCGAGUGGAACCGACCCGACUCGCCAUUCUUCCUGUUUGUGCUCUCGACACACGCUGGUGGCCUCGGCAUGAACUUGCAGACGGCCGACACUGUCAUCAUCUUUGACAGCGAUUGGAACCCACAGAUGGAUCUACAGGCUCAGGAUCGUUGCCAUCGUGUGGGCCAGGUCAACCGUGUGAAUGUCUUCCGUCUGGUGUCUGCUAACUCGAUCGAGGAGAGGAUUCUGGAGCGUGCCACCGACAAGCUGGACCUGGACGCCAAGAUCAUCCAAGCUGGUAUGUUCAAUACGCACUCCAACGACCAGGAGCGUCGUGCCAAGCUCGAGGAGUUCUUGCACGGCUUCCCCCACAACACAAACGACGAGGUGCCCACCGACCUCGAGGAGAUCAACCGUCUCAUCUCGCGUGACGAGGAGGAGAUGGUGCAGUUCCAGGAGAUGGACGCCGAGAGACUGCGUCAGGAGAAGAAGAGCCCCAAGAAGAAGGUGAACAAGGCCCGACUGAUGACUGAGGCUGAGCUGCCCGACUGGAUGCUGGUGACGCCCGACGAAAUCGAGGAGCCCGCUACCACUGGCAAGCGCAAGCGCACGCGUAUCAACGAAGACCCGAUCGAGAACCUCACCGACAUGCAGUACAUGCAAAUGGUCGAGAUGAACAUGACACUGCCAGAGUAUCUCGCAUUCCUGGCCGAGCGAAAGAUGAACAACAGAAAGAAGAAGGAGGCUAGGAUGUUGAGGAAGCGUAAUAGACGCGCAAAGGGAGAGGACGAAGAGGAUAGCGACGACUCUGACUCUGACGACUCUGACUCUGACGAUGACAACGACACUGAGGAGGACUCUGACGACCACAAGGAGGAGGAGAAGAAGACACCCACCAAGGGCAAGCGAGGACGUCCCCCCAAAAGAAAGAUCGAGGAGCCAGUUUCCGAGGGCGAGCCCGAUGAGAAUGGCGACCCGCUGACUCCAGGUGGCAGAACUCGCAAGAAGCUCAGACCCGACACACCAACACCGACCCGCGGCAGAGGCCGUGGUCGUGGAAGAGGCCGUGGCAGAGGCAGGGGCAGAGGCAGAGGCAGAGGAGGCAGCAGCCAGGACACCCGUAUGUCAGAGGAUGAGAGCAACAACAACACCUCAUCCUUGCUAAGUGGUGACGAGGGCGAAGAGGUCAAGACCGACGAGGUGCUAUCCCCAACAGGCACUGGAAAGAAGUUGACCAUCACAUUCAACGCCAAGACCACGACCACACCGGUGGCCGAGCCAUCCGAGGCUAACGACGUGGCCCAGACGCCCGAGAACACCACGCCCUACAAGCCUAGACGCGCUUCAGUGUCUGCCGGCAAGAAGACACCGUUGGCAGCGCCACUCACGCCACAAUCGCCAAGAGGCGCAGCGACCUCCCCUCCCAAGACCACCAAGGACAAGUACGACCGAGUGUGGGAGAGGAUCAAGAACGUCAAGGAGCGCAACAGAAAGGUCUCGAUGCCAUUCUGGGAGCAGCCUGAUCGUCAGGACUAUCCUGACUACUUUGACGAGAUCACCAAUCCAAUCUCAAUGAAGGAGAUACAGAGCACCGACUACAAGACCACCGAAGACUUUAUCAAUGAUUGGAAGUUGAUGUUUAACAACGCACUACAGUUCAACGAACCAUCUUCACAGUUAUACAAAGAUGCCAUACAUCUUUAUGAUAUAUUCAAGAGCGAUAUGAAGGAGUUGUUCGAAGGAGUUGACCUGCCAAGCUUGAACGUAGUCUAA